AUGUGGAGACAUUGUGUUGGAGUCUUCCAAAAUGGCCAUGUGAAAAUCAUUGCCAAUGACCAAGGUAACAGAAUCACCCCUUCCUAUGUGGCCUUUACUGCCGAGGGAGAGCGUCUCAUUGGUGAUGCUGCUAAGAUCAAGCUGACCUCCAACCCUGAGAACACUGUUUUCAAUGUUAAAAGAUUCAUCGGUCGCACUUGGAACGACUCCUCUGUGCAGGAUGACAUCAAAUAUCUGCCCUUCAAGUUCAGUCUGAUUCCAAGCAACACUGUGGUGCCAACCAUGAAGUCUCGGGUCUUCUCCACAAUCUUUGAUUACCAGCGAGCGGUCACCAUCAAUGUAUUUGAGGGGUUAACCAAAGACAACAACCUGUUGGGCAGCUUCAACCUGACUGGCCUUCCUCUAGUACCCCAUGGGUUCCCACAGAUUGAUGUGACUUUUGAGAUUAAUGUGAACGGCAUCCUAAGUGUGACUGCUGAAGAAAAGAUAACGGGAAGAAAGAACAUGAUCACUAUCCCCAACAGCCACAACCGACUGAACAAAGAGGACCUUGAGAGGAUGGUGAAAGAUGCUGAGAGGGAAUGCAAGCAGUUUCAAACAUAUUACAUGCACUGUUAA